AUGGGCUGCGAUCUGGAAGAGACGGAGCCGCUGACGUGGCAAUACACGGCGCACUCAGUAUUCAAGUACGACCUGCGCAUCCUUCACCUCCUUUGCUUGUGGCCACUCCCAGGCUCGCUGUUAUUCCGAACUUUGACAGCGUUCUUUAUCGCGCUGUGCUUGGGGCACUUUGCAGAAGCGGUAGUCAACCUGUGUACGCUAAGGGGCGACAUGGAGGCCUACACGCUGGCGCUGUCCAACGUUUCGGUAGUCAUAGUAGGCGUUCUUAAAGUGACAUUCUUCCUGCGUCACGAGCGCAAGUACUGUCGCCUGGUACGUUGGCUGGACGCGUUAGUGGCAGCCGAGAGGGAAUCCGUUCACGGGCGGCCGUUGCUUGAGGCUAUAUUCCCGGCAGCCCAGAAACGGGCCGUUCGCAUCGCGAGGGGCUUGCUCUUGUACAAUUGUUUCCUGCUCUCUAUCUGGUUGACGGCACCCCUCGCCGCCCCACCGGAAGCUAGAAUACUACCCCUGCAGCAACUCCCUUUCACGGACGCAAACGCUUACCCCCUGUAUGAACUCUCAUACGCGCUACAGGCUCUAUCCGUAAUCUUCGUCGGCUUAAUCAACGUGCAUAUGGAUUGCUUCUUCACGGUGACUAUGAUCUACACUGCCGCACUACUCAGAAGUUUGGCCUCGCGUCUUACCGACCUGCAGGCGCAUGACACUCUCCCAAGAGCAAAUGGCUACGGGCGGGGGCAGAAGACUGCGACAGCGGACGAGAUGUACGGCGAAUUAUGCUUUUGUAUCAGGACUCACCAGGAAAUCACAAGAUUUGUCCAGCACCUGGAAAGCGUCAUGAACCCCAUUGCAAUGAUGCAGUUGGCUCUUGGUGUGUUCGACGGCUGUAUGUUGAUUUUCCCAGCGGCAUACGGAGAGUCUGUGUCCCUAGCGGCGUACAACUGUGGGUGGCCAGACGCCGGCGCCCGCUUCGGGAGGGCAGUGCAGCUGGUCAUCAACCGCGCGCAGCAGCCGUUGGCGCUCACCGCUGGUGGGGUCUACCCCAUCCAGAGGGCCACCUUCCUGUCGGUGUUCAUGUUAGAUUAUUGUCGAAAUUAUUAUUCUGAUUGA